UUUUUCUCUACGCGCGCAUGGCAGACUGAUCGACUAUCUCGAAGCCAGAUAUUAAUUACCCGGCCCGGAUACGCGCCGCACCCGUUCCUGGCGUCUAAGCGAUCUCGACAGUUGCUCUUCCUGCUGCCAGACUCCUGAUCCCGCUGCUCUCUGCGCAAUCGCCAUGACCGUCCCCGCGUCCUCCUCAGCCAGGCAGCUGCCUAUCACCCUCGUCGUAGCAGCGACACACGCGUCCCUCGGCAUCGGUCGCGGCGGCUCGCUGCCGUGGAGACUGCCGACCGACAUGGCUUUCUUCCGCCUCGUCACCUCUGCUCCUGCAUCAGACCAAACCCCACACAAGCCCGCCGUCGUCAUGGGCCGCAAGACGUGGGACUCGCUGCCGGCAAAGUUUAAGCCGCUGCCCAACCGCAUAAACAUUGUCCUAUCGCGGUCAAAGUCGUCCCACGGCCCCGGCACCCACACAUUCUCCUCGUUAAGCUCCGCGAUCGAGGCACUAUCCACGCAAGACCCCUCCUCCGACCUCCCCGCUGUCUCAAAGAUCUACAUCAUCGGCGGCGCAGAAAUCUACGCAGAGGCAUUAACCCACCUCUCCGCCUCGCGCAUCCUGCUCACCACCGUCCACCCCGCCGACGAAUCCACACUCGACCUCGACACGUUCCUGCCCGAAUUCAGAACCUCGGGAGAAUGGACGCAGGCAAGCCACGACGAUCUGCGGAGAUACAUCUCCGAGGAAGUGAACAGCGAAGAAGCGGCAGCGCUGCUCCCGGAAAGCAGCGGGCAGCGGAUAAAAGAAAAAGGACUAGAGUUCGAGUUUACGCUGUGGGAAAGGUCGCAAAAGUAAAUAGAUUACCCCUCUUUGUACAUUACAACGAUUAAAAAGCGCUCUAUGAUCUCUGCAAUCAGAAGUUAUUACGCGUCGAGAUCAGAUAUUGCUCAAUCUAAUGCACCUCACCGCGUUCCACCC